AAUAACUUUGAAUGAGUAGAAGAAGAAAAAGAAGCAGCAAGGGGCAGGCAGCUGGUGACAGCCGAAGUGUACCGUUCCCCCACCCUCCUCAGCACUCUGUUAACUGGAUCAAACGGAGAAAUUGCCGGACAGCUCGAUGGAAAUACAAUAGUAACGUUUGCUGAUAGUCGGCGAUUACAUUUUAUAACUUUGAGCGGAUAGGACUAGCGUUUGUAGGCGAGUCCAAGUAGUGUUAUCGUUGCUGCUUGUGGCAAACUGAGUUAACACUGUUGCUUCGAGUUUUAGCAUAGGUAACGUUACCGUUAGCUGUCUAGCAAGCAAAAGCUAAAUAACUUCAGUGUUUACGGUCCCAUCGGAUUGCCAGCUUCGACAGUCUGCCAGGUUAUCGCCAAAGCCGUCAGGUUGUCGGCUACUCGGUAAAGAUGGGUGACAUAAACCCAUCGACAUCCCAUGCAUUUCAGUCGGAGGGUUUCAGUCCGCCGUACAGGAGGAGGAGGACAGUGGAGGAUUUUAACAAGUUUUGCACUUUUGUUCUGGCAUAUGCCGGUUACAUCCCAUACCCCCAAGAGGACUCUCCACUGCGCAGUAGCUCAAGCCCCCCGAACAGUACAGGCAGCACAGCCGACAGUGAUGGCUGGACCCCAGGACCAGCAUCUUCCUGCCCCCAACGCCCCCUGAAGGGCCCCCAGGAUAGGAGCAGGAAGCGUCCACAGCCAGGAUCCAUUCUGUCCAGCCACGCCAAGAAAGAUCACACAAUCACUACCCUGCAUCCAGAUGAUCGCAGGAAAGCUGACAAGCUGAAGAAGAAGAAGAGGAGGAAGGAGAGGGAGCAUCAGUCUGUUGAAGAACGUGGGGCUCACUUAGCAGUCCCAGAGCUGCAGUGCCCGCUUUCCUUUGGCGGCCGAACAAUCAAAGAAGAGCCAGAAGAUGACAUCAGCAUUCCCCUCCACCCCCAGUGCGUGCCUAGCCCGUCCCCUUGCAAAGAGGAACCCAAGGAAGAGCGUCGAUACUGGGACGGACGAGACCUUGAGGAAGGGGUGGUAAAGAUACAGAAGGUGGAGGGCUUUUCAGGAAACAGAACGGUGUUCCGCCAGGGAAAGCAGGUGGUGUUCCGAGACGAAGAUGGCUCAGGGGAGGAUGAGGAUAUAAUGGUAGACUCUGAUGAUGACUCGUGGGACCUGGUGACAUGUUUCUGCAUGAAGCCUUUCGCGGGACGCGCCAUGAUCGAAUGUAACAAGUGCAACACCUGGAUCCACCUGUCAUGCGCUAAGAUCCGCAAGAGUCACGUGCCAGAGACAUACGUGUGCCAAAGCUGCCGAGAGACACACGGACCUCCAGACACUCGACGUUCCCACCGCUCGCGUGUAGGCCCACGCAAACACAUGCUGGACUGACCCCAGGCCACAUCCUGAACUCUGAUCCGUACCGCUCCUACUUUAACCCUCUACUGGACUGGCCCCUCCUCCUCAGAUUCAGGUCUUGCACCCUUCAGUCUCUCUCCUUCAAGGUUCAACCAUGAACCCAUAUUUUCUACAAACAUUUUAGUGGACCUAUCCCGAGCCCUUAUCCCAUUUGAGAACAAUUUGAGUGCUAUUUUAGAUUUACUAAGGUUUGUUUCUGCUUCCUACAGACUCUGCGCGUAAGGCAAUCACUGAAUGGAUGUCUGUCUGUAGAUGACAUUAGCAUAGCAACAAACCGCUACUUUUGGGGCUUGGUGUCUCGUGAACACUGGAAGCAUUUUGAACUGCCAUAUUGAGAGAAUUCUCACAACUGCCACCCACUAUGGUGCAUGCUGGGAUUUGUGGGGAAAAAUGGUUUGCACUUUAAAAAAAAAAAAAAAAAAAUCCACCUAACCUUUCUUUCAGAGACGGGUGUGUCUUUCUGAUCUGGUUAAACUGGAUUUAAUUUCUCUAUGAUGCCUCUAUUGAUGUUACAUAAUUAACCAUUUAAAACAGGAAAACAAGUUGAGGCUGGUGUCAAUUGCUUCAGAUGGUGCUAUAGUAUUAAGCUGAGGUAUAAUCGAAUAGAACAAAGAUGUAGGAUAAGAGGCUAGAGUCUGCAUCUGCAUCAUCAGUUUGUUGUUCUGCUUUUCUUGUUUAAGACAUUUUCAAGAAUAUCAUUGAGGCCAUUAGCUCAUACAGCUGAACCAAGAUCUUGUCUUCCAGACACUGGUAUUCCUCUGAAUCAACACGUUACUCAGCCAUACACAGAAGCUUUCACACUUUGUUUCUCAACGUGUUUAAACAGUGUUCUUCGCUGACCACAUUUGUUCCUAAUAAAGAAAUUGUUAUAUAACAGUUUAGAAAAAAAGAAAAAUUGGGCAAAUGACAAAAGUCAGGUUUUCAGUAUAUCCUGUUAUAUCUGGUCAGUAUGAUUUUAGUUAACCACUUGAUGCGCUUGACUAAGUUUUCAGAGACAAAUAUAUUUAUAGAAGGGAACCACAGUCCUGUUUGCAGUACUGACAGGUGAAAAAAGGGUAUCUGUAACUGGAAUGGUGUCAGACCAGAAAUCUUCAGUUUUCAAUGAAGAUUUCCGGUUGAAAUUAUGCACGCAAGCGUUUAAAUAAGGGUGUUGGCGAUGCAUCUGCUGCUAUGAGUUGUCUGAACCAAUCUCCAUGUUUUUUUUUAGGGGGGGAGGGGGUUUCAAGUCUUUUGCAAAGCAUCAAGUAGGGAUGCACUGAUGUGUCAGCAACACACCGGUACUGGCCCAUGUUGGCCCUGUUGAGUUGUUUUUACACUUUUAACUCUGCACAACGUUGUGAGAAUCGGGGCUGUUGUCUACACUUGCCGUCUGACAUGUAGCAUACAGAUUUUUUUUCUUCUUCCCCUGUUAUAACGAUUCAUUUGUCAUCCUGGCCCAAAGUGAGUAAUGCAUAAUAAUAAUAAUAAUAAUAAUAAUAAUAAUAAUAAUAAUAAUAAU